CAGGCAAAGGGAUGAUUCGGAGAGCACCAACCGCUAUGACUGUGAUGGUUCCCCCGGUGUCUAUAAAAAGUAGGCACCCUACUUCUCAUCUUUCCUCAACAACCCGUACCAACAUUCGAAUAGCUAUUACAUACACGACUUUUCCACCAGCCACAGCUUCAAAGAAACCACUAUCCGUGAUGAAAACCUAUCUCAUUCUCAUCACUACUCUCCUCUCUACCGCCUUCGGUCUUCCGAACGAAAAUCAUCAUCAUGGUUUUGCACCUGAUACUCCAAUACCUGAUAGCGUCCCACCCACGGCUAGCCCUACUCCGAAUAUCUCCAGUUCCGAGAUGCUACCACUGGGAAAGAGGCAAGAUGACAAGGAAAAACACGUGAACUAUAUUGCGCACUGCCGGUCAGGGCCGAGAAUAGUCUUCUACGCCGACUUCAGCAAAUCGUACGACUGGACGAACCAUCCGACCUUCUUCGAAACUUAUAUCUACGGUGGUGAAACCUUCCAGUUAGCAGAAGGCUCUGGGCAUCAGGACUCUGGCUUCCAUGCCGACUUCAGAGACUUAGCCUGGCAAUGGUACAAAAAGGAUGCAGCGGUUCCGGUGGGGUCCGCCAAGGAUCGCGACGGAGACUUAGAUUGCUACAAGGAUACCGGGCGGUUAUUGUUCGCCGAGGCCCAGCCCAAUGGCGGAGAAAUAUGUGAAGCGAGGUAUUUCUGCUGGCAGAAAAGUCGAGGAACUGUGAGAUUGGUUUCUGUGUGCAGGCUAAGAAGGAAUUUUAAGCGUUCUAACGAUGAGCAGCCUAAAACAACCAAGCCGGGCAUUGUAUCCGUUCCUCUAUACGAUAACGUUGUUUGAUUCUUCCAUGUAUCGUGGUGCUCGACCUGAAUACUUUGGGUGGGGGGGGGCUUUUCUUACUCUAUCUUUGUCGUUGGGAUGGUUUGCAUUGUACUUUUCUUUCGUAGGGUUUCAUCCUAUUGCAGCUCUGAAGAUGCAUUUGGUUCAGCAGUACGCCAGGUCCUGUGU